AUGGGAGGAGCAGAGUGCCCGCCACUAUCCGAUGAUGCCAUCUCCCCUAUUCCAGAAACAUGCCGACUUCAGGCCACACGACGGAAACCCUUUUGUGAAGUGGUUGGCGGUUCUGCCUGGGAUUCGGAAACGACUCUUGUCUCGUCCGAUACGCACGGAGAGGCAGGCGGCAGACUCGGAACGCAGAGGCCAGUAGGGAGACCCGUCUACACAUGCGAUAGGAACGUGCUUGGGCUAACAAAAAUGAAGUUCCCUUCCAGGAAGGUUGCGUUAGUCAUUCUGAGCUCUGCGAUAUGGUGCCUCGUCGCAAUGCCCGCACUGAUGUUUUGGGGCCUGUCGCCAUGUUCGUGGUCCAUCACUUCCUACAUCUACGGUGCACGAUGCGACCUCUGGAGCUCGAAUUACCUGCGGUAUCGCGUCUUGGAAGACAAAUACCCGCUGAAUAUUUCCGCGCCUUGCUGCUCGUGGCAUACCGUUAUGGCUGGAAGCCAUGAUGUGGGCUACCUUCACGUCUUCCAGUAUGCAGACACCGUGGCCCUGAGCGAGGCCCUCAGAGACGUCCAGAAGGGGGCAAUAGAAGGCAAUAAAACAAAUCCCUCGGAACCUUCCUGGGUCCCGGGACUGAAGGCUCUUGCGGCAGCAGUUCAAUUCUCUGACCUUCGCUUCUCGACUGAAUUCCUGAGGCUCAAUUCCUACUCAAAGUCGCGAAAGUUCUUUGCGAACCUUCUGCACAGCCUUGUCGUGGCAGAACGCCAGUUCGCUCUGACAGCAAACACGACCAAAGAAGCGGACAGAUAUCGGGAGACUUACGGACUUGUACAUCAUCACUGCAUCGAGUUCUUUGACCAAAUGAAGGAGAUCCUGUCAAGGCUGUCUAGUUCAACUCGUCCGGGAGGCCACAAAACGGAGCUUUUGGACAUGCCAUUUCAUGAAAUGGGCUCAUUCAUGGAACGGAAUGGCAAAACAUACGCAGAAAAGGCCCAAACAGAUUGGCGCGUGCCCCCAAAAGGGAAAGAGCAGAUCAGAGAUAUCCAGCCACUCUACGAGCCUCUCAUAGAGGCUAUUGCGUCCCGCGAAAGGUAUCGCGCCCUGUUGGACAACAUGUGGGCCAGAGCACUGAAUGCGGAGGAAGAGUGGCAGAAGAUAGAGCAGCAAUUCUACAAAAGGACCGCAAUGCAUCGGGUUGAACACUCCUUGGAGUUCAUUCUUGAUCUCCGCUUAUUUGUAGGGGAUAUAAUUCAAAGACUGGAGGACAUCCUCGAACCCGAGAAGACUACGCAUUGA